AUGGCCCCCGUCCAGGUCAAGAAGAUUUGCUGCAUCGGCGCGGGCUACGUCGGAGGCCCGACUUGCGCGGUCAUCGCGCUCAAGUGCCCCCACAUUCAGGUCACCAUCGUCGACCUCAAUCAGGCGCGUGUCGACGCGUGGAACUCACCCGACUUCAACCUCCCCAUCUACGAGCCUGGCCUUGAGGACGUCGUCCGCCAAGCUCGCGGCCGCAACCUCUUCUUCUCCACCGACGUCGACAAGGGCAUCCGCGAGGCCGACCUGAUCUUCGUCUCUGUCAACACUCCCACCAAGAAGUCUGGUGUCGGGGCUGGAUUUGCCGCUGAUCUCAACUAUGUCGAGUCUGCGACCCGCCGCAUUGCCGCCGUCGCGACCUCGCCCAAAAUCGUCGUUGAAAAGUCGACCGUGCCCUGCAGGACGGCCGAGUCCAUGCGUACCAUUCUCGAGGCCAACUCGAAGGACGGCGUUCGCUUUGACAUCCUCUCCAACCCCGAGUUCCUCGCGGAGGGCACCGCCAUCGCGGAUCUCUUCAGCCCCGACCGUGUCCUCAUCGGCUCGCUUCAGUCGCAGGAGGGCAAGGAUGCGUGUGCAGCACUGGCGUCGGUGUAUGCCAACUGGGUCCCGCGUGAGCGCAUCCUCACCGUCGGCCUCUGGUCAUCCGAGCUCUCAAAGCUCGCCGCGAACGCGAUGCUCGCGCAGCGCAUCUCCUCCGUCAACGCGCUCUCCGCGAUCUGCGAGGCCACCGGCGCGAACAUCGACGAGGUCGCGCACGCCGUCGGCUUUGACUCGCGCAUCGGCCCCAAGUUCCUCCGCGCGUCCGUCGGCUUCGGCGGCUCCUGCUUCCAGAAGGACAUCCUCAACCUCGUCUACCUCUCCGAGUCCCUCCACCUCCCGCAGGUGGCCGAGUACUGGCGGCAGGUCGUCGAGAUGAACGAGUACCAGAAGAAGCGAUUCUCGAAGACCGUCGUCGACACGCUCUUCAACACGAUCACCGGCAAGCACAUCGCCGUCCUCGGCUUCGCGUUCAAGGCCGACACGGGCGACACCCGCGAGUCGGCGUCGAUCACGCUGAUCCGCGACUUCCUCCUCGAGCGCGCGUACGUCACCGUGUACGACCCGAAGGUCGAGGAGGAUCAGAUGUGGAUGGACCUCGCCGAGGCGCUCCCCUCGAUGCCCCUCGAGCAGAUCAAGAAGCAGGUCACCAUCGUGCACUCCGCGCUCGACGCGUGCAAGCAGAAGGAGGCGAUCGUGAUCGCGACGGAGUGGAAGGAGUUCAAGGAGAUCGACUGGGAGGCCGUCUACGCGCAGAUGUCGAAGCCCGCGUUCGUCUUUGACGGCCGCAUGAUCCUUGACGAGGCCAAGCUCAAGAAGAUCGGUUUCACGGUCAAAGUCAUUGGCCGCGGCGACCGUCUGUAG